AUGGCAUCCCACCGCGCUGAUGCCAGUUCCCUCCUCGACAACCGCGGCUACUCCGGUCCGUUAGUCCGCGGUGUCAAUCCGGCCACUCUAUUCGAAAAAGCCGUGCGCGACCGCAUCACGGACUCUUACUACUGGAAGGAACAAUGUUUCGGAUUGAACGCCGCAACGCUGUGCGAUCGCGCAGUUGAGCUGACCUCCAUCGGAGGAACGUACGGCGUUUCCGAGAAGCCCACGCCAUUCCUCUGUCUCGCAUUCAAGAUGCUGCAACUAAACCCAGACCGGGACAUCGUACUGGAGUACCUAAAUUUCACCGACCCGGUCAACGACGAGGAUGGGGAACAGACAGCGACGGAGCAAGCCGAGAACGGUGUGGUCAAACAACAAGGUGACUUCAAGUACCUACGGGCUUUAGCGGCAUUUUACGUCCGUUUGACCUUCGACGCGGUGGACGUGUACAAGACGCUAGAACCGCUUCUUCUUGAUUAUCGAAAGUUGAAGCGACGCGUGCGCGAUUCGGUCGUUCUUACGUAUGUGGACCAAUUCAUCGAUGAUCUCCUCACCAAGGAUCGUGUGUGUGGUACGAGUCUGUGGAAGUUGCCUUCGCGACAGCAGUUGGAGGAUUUGGAUCUUUUGGAGGAACGGAUCAGCCCGUUGGCUGCUGAGUUAGAGGAGAUGGACAAUGAGUAUGAGGAGAAUGAGGAGAAUGAGGAGGGUCAGGCUAGUGAUGCUCGGUCAUCUGAUGAUGCCGGCGAUGAUUGA